UGCAAUCACUUUCCACCAACGUUUGCAACCCCGUGCUCGAAAGCGUUCCUCUUGCACUUCAGUGCCAACAGAAGUACCGACGUGAAAGCCCGUUCCACAGGACGAGAUAGAGGGAUUUACUGUUCAAGCUCGUCAUGAUGACCCAAACACAAACGGCGGCGACGACUGCUGAUGUCGACUCCAGCGGGCAUACUAACUAUGAUGGUGACGAUGAAUUUCCUAUUGAAACCACGAUAUCGUUGUUGGAACGACGUUUGCGCGUUUACGGUUUGGCACCGCUGGCCUUCAUUCAGCAAUUCUUUUUGAUGGCCAGUUGCGUUCAAGACUUCGUCGACUACGCCGAAUCGGAACAAAAAGUCGCUGCCUUGACUGUGGAUGUCCACAACACUACUAUGCGGUUUCUUGCGCUUGGAGCGUUCUUUCUUGUUAUCUUGCUGGAUCUCGGAUUUAUUAUACGCACACUGUAUCGAGGACCUCGACUCACCGUGACGCGUUUCAAACGACUGUGGCCUAUUUGCAGCCACCACGUUGGAUUCGGAGUACUAACAGGACGUAUCCUCUUCCAAUCGCUGGAAUACGUUUAUGGGCUAGCCUACGUUGCGCUACUGUCCGAAUUCUGCUUUGGACUAAGACUUGUUUUGAAUUUUCAGCUGACAGCUAUAUCACCAAUACCACAAAUCACGGAGAGUACGAAUACACUGAAGGGGAACAACUGGACAAACGUCCAACAACGCAUCCAUCGACAACGGAGUUGGCAGAUGCGUCUUUUAUUUCUCGACCUCUUUUUCGGGGGUGGUGGCACCUUUGCCGCCGUCUUCAUUUAUGCCCUCAUUCUCGGCGAUGAAAGUCUCGGAGACCAAACCAAACGAGGAUACACCAUUAUAAUUUCACUUGCUAUUCUGUACUGGUUGAUCCAACUGGUAUCCAAUCAUCGCGUUACUUUGGAACGAUUGCUCGAGCGUUUUGCCACCCUGUCACAUACCUCACUUGGUCCGAGUAAUAUCAUAGCAACGGGGUGA